AUGGAGCAAGCCCUCUUUUUCGGAGCAAUCGAGAAACUCUUGAGCUCGUCGGAGCUCACAUCGACGGAUCGCCUUGCUCUCAUGAUCUACAUGUUCGUCGUUUUCGCUAUUGUCAUGACCCUGUGGUCCUACUUCCUGUCUCCAAGGCGACAGAAGAUUCUGUUGCAAGACCAGAGGAGGAUGGAGUCUUUAUCGAGGCCGUGGACUCUGCUGGCUCUCUUCUAUGGGGACCUAUACGCUGCUUCUCUGAGGCCUGCGCCCUCCAAGGAAGGGAAGCUUCUGGCUCUUCACAAGCUGGGCCAGGCCGCCAGCCCAGACAUGUUCACCAACACCGCCUCGGUGUCGUCGUUGGCCUACGUCUCAGAGCUUUUGGUCCAACGGAUCCCCACGAUUCUCAUCCCGGCGCUUGUAGCAGGAGCUCGAGCUGCCAGCAAACUCCGGAGGUUUCACUCGAUUCUGGCAGUUGCAAUCACAUGCAAGAGCCGGCAGUUGUGCGCGGAGCUUGUCAACUUGGGGAUCCUUGACGAGCUUGCGGGAUGCAUCGACGUCCGGAAAUCAGCCACGUACUGUGCUGUUCUUUCGUCUCCUUCCUGA